UUGAGGUUAUGGCACUCGUCAUAAUGUCGCAAAUUGUAUUUGUAUCUUUAAAAAAAUAUUCUGAAUGAUAGAAACAUUAUUUCCAUGUGUUUACGACAGUGCUAUAAAGUGUUUAUAACAAUUUGACCUUGUUGUAAUGAGAUGUCAUAUUUAUUUUAUUUUUAUUAGUUAUGAUUUACAAGUUUUUAUUAGGCCACAGGUUGUUGUAGCUAGUUUAAUCUAUUUUUAAAAAUUCGUGCCGCGUUUUAGAGUGGGUUUGGAGAAAGCAGUGAUAUAACCUUGAAUUUGAAAAUAUUUUUCUAUAAUACAUUUAGUAAAAUAUCUCCAAAUAUUUCAUGGAGGCACAGAACAAUUUAAUUUAAAAAUUAUGACCACAAGAUACUCCACAGCAUUAUCCCACAUUAUUCUAGCUGGAACUGGAAUAUAUUGCUUAAUAGGUUUAAAGAAAUAUGAGACCUAUAUUUUUCCACGUAUAUCAUUUGGUAUUAUUACUUUAAAUUCAUUAAUUGGCAUUUGGAGAUGGGGUAAUCCAUCAUUUGGACAAAGAGCGGUAAAAUUAUAUAGGUUCACCUCACUGUUACAAGACUUAUUGGCGCUUCCAUGUGUUGUGACUACAAUAUGGCUGACUUAUGGGUACAUGUGGGAGAUUGCGUAUGCAUACACGUUGGUAUCACUGUUCCCUUUAUUAGCUUACGUAUGUGAUAACAGCUAUAACACUGAUAUGGUGGAUGUUGUUAUAGGAGCAAACUGCAUUUCAUUGGGUGUUUUGUCGUUCAUUCACCAAAAUUAUUUUGGUGUGUCUGCUUCCAUUUCAUAUGCAUUUAAUCAUUACAUCAUUAAGAAUGAUAACGAGACUUAUUUCAACGUAACUUCUCAGGACUUAUACAAUUAUGCGAUGUGCUUUUUUGCAUUUUUUGCUUUGAAAACUGUUCUGGACUAAACUGUAAUGACCAAGUUCUAACGACUGUUGGCUUAAUAAUGUAUGCAUAUCAUUGUUGUACUAUGUCUAUUUUUGUAUCAAAUUUUGAUUGUAUAAUAUAUUAACAGAUAUAAUAAAAUUUAUAUUGUAUA